AAUACAUACGUUUGAUACACAAAUUCGCAGCAACAACAACAAACGAGCUCAAAUUAAACUUGAAUAAAGCUCUGCCGGCAUUAGAGACGUCAGCAGCAACAGAACGAACGUCGCAGCGUCACACACCCACACACACACAAACGCAUAUACCAUAUACGCAAACUCGGCUCGCAAUUAUAAAACACACAAGUCGUAUACUGCUCGCUAGCUUUCGUCUCGGUCUUCACCUUCGUCUCCAUCUUAAUCUGUCUCUCGCUCACACACACAGAACAGUCAGUGAAUUCUUAUACAAUUUUCAAUAUCAGAGCGAGUCGAUCGCCAAGUUCGGUUAGUCGAUCGUCGACGCUGACGCCUCGCGCAUAUUGGUUCUGAUUCUAACGGACACUUGAAUCGCAUUUGGUAAUUAGCCAAGCGAGCGAGCAAACGAGCGACAAGUGCAGAGACUCUCGGAGAGGCGGCGACAUUUAAUAUUUACGAUUACCGCCGACGUUUUUUUUAUUCUUGAAUGCCUCGCCGCGCUUCGACUGCGCAACAGUGAAAAAGUUCUACAAAACACUUGCCACUCGUCGGUUCGCGUGACAACAAGUGUUUUUCACAAAAAAUAAAAAAUAUAAAUAUAAAUAAAAAUAACAGUUCCAUCUGACAAACAAGAUACACAGUUAUUAGACAAAUACAAUCUCAAAACCAUAACAUUUGGACUUGCAUUUUGGAAUUAUUAAGGAAGCCCUAAGGAAUAUUUCAACACUUAUUGUUUUGGAUUUUCGUAAUUUUAUGAUUCAUCCACAACCAACAUGGUCUACUAUUCCGCUAAUCAGCUGCUUAUAAAGACGGAGCAACCCAGUCAGACGCAGUUCUGCCUGCAGGCGCCACUGACUGCAGCGACUGGUGGCGGUAUUGGCGUUGCGCCACCUAGCGGUCAGCAUGAGCACUACGAGCUGUUGCAGACGCCACAACAGCGACAAUUGCAGAUGCAAGAGCAACAACAGCAGCAGCAGCAACAACAACAGCAACAGCAAAUUGUCAAUUAUCAACUGGUACUGCAACAACAACAACAACAACAACAUGAUAGUAUUACAAUUACAACAACAACAACAACUGGAGCAACAACUACAGCAGCAACAACAACAACACAGCAGCGCAUUAAAACCGAGCUGCCUAUGACGUAUGUGGGUGGUGCUGCUGCCACAACGAAAGCGGCCACAGUUGCCACGGUCCGCAAGCCGAACGGCAACAAGCCGCAGUUCAAGUGCGAGCAGUGCGGCAUGACCUUUGGCAGCAAGUCCGCUCACACUUCGCACACAAAAUCGCAUGCCAAGAAUGCUGAUCUCGCCAUGGGUCUGAAGAGUGUCGCCAUUGGUGGCGCCUCCUCCUCCUCCUCCUCCACAUCCUCCAUCACCUCCUCCGCACCGAUUGAGCUGAACGAGGCCGGUCUGCCGCUGGGCAUACCCAAGAGUCCGACCAUCAAGCCGCUGGCCAAUGUCGCCGCUGGCGCCGAUCCCUAUCAGUGCAAUGUGUGCCAGAAGACGUUCGCGGUGCCCGCCCGAUUGAUCCGCCAUUAUAGGACGCAUACGGGGGAGCGUCCGUUCGAGUGCGAGUUCUGCCACAAGCUGUUCAGCGUCAAGGAGAAUCUGCAGGUGCAUCGACGCAUCCACACCAAGGAGCGACCCUACAAGUGCGACGUGUGCGGCCGGGCAUUCGAGCACUCCGGCAAACUGCAUCGCCAUAUGCGCAUCCAUACGGGCGAACGGCCGCACAAGUGUUCCGUCUGCGAGAAGACCUUCAUCCAGUCCGGCCAGCUGGUCAUCCACAUGCGCACCCAUACCGGCGAGAAGCCCUACAAGUGCCCGGAGCCCGGUUGCGGCAAGGGAUUCACAUGCUCCAAGCAGCUCAAGGUGCACUCGCGGACGCACACCGGCGAGAAGCCGUAUCAUUGCGACAUAUGCUUCCGGGACUUUGGGUACAAUCAUGUGCUGAAGCUGCAUCGGGUGCAGCACUAUGGCGCCAAGUGCUACAAGUGCACCAUUUGCGAUGAGACGUUCAAGAACAAGAAGGAGAUGGAGGCGCACAUCAAGGGCCAUGCCAACGAGCUGCCCGAGGAUGAAGUGGAGGCGGCGGUGGCAGCAGCUGGCGUUGCCACAGCAACCAGUGGCGGCUCCUCCUCGUCCAUGGCCAGCAAUUCGGAGAGCAGCAACAAUUCGCCGCCCAGUUCACCGCCGGCGGUGAAGAAACCACGUCAGCCACGUGGCCCCAAAGCUGCAACAGCUUCAGUUUCAACUUCAGCAUCAGCUGCUUCUGCUGCCGGUGCCAGUGCUUCCACUGCUUUCACUGCUCCAUUCUCGCCCAGCUCUGCAUCGUCCACAUAUUCGCCGGCGAGCAGUGCUCUGGCCUCACCGCCACCAGCACAAUAUCUGAACAAUAAUAUCUCAGCCAGCGAGCCGGACGCACUGAGUCGGGAUAGUGGCGUUGCCAGCGCCCAACUCCAGCCCAGCUAUGCGGAUGAGGAGCUGCCCACGGAUCUGAGCAUGCAACAGCCGCCGACGCAGUCCCCAAUGAUCUACUAUCAGCCACAGACCAGUUUAGUCGAGCUACCGGUCCAAGCACCCACAAGCACGACCUGCAAUCCUGCAAUUCCCCCCACUCCUGGCCUCACCAUCAAUCCGGCGCUGCUCGAGGCGGCCAGUUUGGCGCGUCGCGAUCACAGCGAGGACAACGACGAGGAUGUUCAGGCAGCUGCCUGGCAAAUGAUGCAACUGCGUCGUGGUCAUGCAGCCACGCCCACAGCCCAGCCAACGCCCACGCCUAUGGCUACGGUAGCACAGCCGCCAACCCAAAGCCAGCCCACGUUGCAUGUCAGCGAUCUGGCGGCCAACUACGAUGACACGCACGAGGCGAACGUGCUCAUCGAGCACUUCAAGCGCGGCGAUCUGGCGAGGCAUGGACUCCACAAGGGCUAUGCGCCGGUGCCCAAAUAUGAAUCUGCCCUGCCCAAUCCGGAUAUUGUGCGUCGCGUCGAGGCUGCGAUUGGACUGCGCUCCAGCACCGAGUCACCGGAGCGCAGCUCGUCGCCGGAGAGCGAUUCACUGAUGAUGGCCGAUCGGAAUGUGAUGACGCUGCCGCUGCGCAAGCGCAAGCAUUAUAUGAACGAGGGCGAAUCUAGCAAUGGAGGCGGCGGGUGCAGCAGCAGCAGCGGCGGUGGCGGCGGCGUCGGUGGCAACAACAGUGCAACAGGUGCUAACGAUGGCGCCACAACGAGUGGCACAACGGAUGCAGCGAAUAACGCCAGUGCCGGCUCCAAGGUGAUGCGCUUGAACUCUGUCAUCCAGUUUGCCAAGGCCUCGUAGUGUGGACUGUGUGGGCUUCAAGCCGCCAUCAAUCAGCAUAAAGACUGUUCAACAAAUUCUAACUGAAAUUAGUUUUACUUUAUCGACAGACAGACGGAUAAAUGUUUGUGUUUUUGUUUUUAGCAGCAAGAAAUGCCAAAAGUAUUAUAAAAAAAAAAAUGAAGAAAUUUGUUUAAAAAAAAAAUGAAGAAAAUGAAAAAAUUAAUAUCCUAUUACGUUUUUACACAAUAUGCAUAUUUAUGUAUGUACGUUUUAAUUCAAGGAUUUUUGUUAAAUGUUUCCUUUCUUUGAAAUUUGUGUUUUGUGCGUGGUAUUUUUUAAUUAGUCGCAUUGCAGAAAUUGGCAUUGUAUUUGAAAACGAAAGCGAAAGUAAACAAUGAAAUCCAAUCCAUAGAAAUUAAAAACAAACAAAAAAACGAAAAAAAAGAAAAGAAAAACAAAUAUAAUAACAAUAAUAAGCUACGUACAUAAUUAAAUACUAUAUAUAUAUUUAAAUAUUUAUGCUAAUUAAAGCCAUAUUGGCAAUAUGCAGCAGCAGCAAAUACAUACAAUUAAUAUACAUACAUACAAUUCUAAACAUACAUAUUUAUAAAUGCAAUUAUAUAAUUAUGGCGCGCCCAUUAAAUCAUAAUAUGAUUAAGUAAUCAUCUUAACAACUACACAAAAAAAAAAAUCUAUUUGAUAUGCAUUUUAUAUUUUUUACAAGCGAAAAUAUGAAACAAAAAAGAAGAAAAAGAGGGAGAAAAAAACAUGCAACAAAUGAAAGAAAUGCACUUCAAAUGUAAACACAACAAUUCAAUACACUAUUUUAUUAUACUUACAUACGGAGAAUAAUGAACUGAUAAGCAAAGAGCAAGCAAGCGUAAUUAAGUUUAAAAUUAACAAACCAAGCAACAAACAAAACAAAACAAAACAAAAAAAAGGAAGUCUAUGUAAAAUCGCAUAUUCCGAGUGCGCCAUAAAUAAUUUUUUGUAAACGCUAAGUAAUAUAUACAUAUAGUUAUAAAUUGUAGCAUGAAAUAUUACAAAGCAAACGCAAGCGAAAAAAAUAAUAAUAAAAACAAAAACCAAUCGUGAAAAUA